AUGGCUUAAAAUGAUUCUGAAGCUACAAAGUAAUCCUGCGAUUUGCAGACAGUAUCCAAGAGAAUCACCAAACAGCAAGGUCAUUGGAAUCAAAGUGAGCACAAUACUUAUCUCAAUUUUUUAUUGGAGAAUGCCAACCACACCAAAGGGUAAAGAUUGUUCAAGAGAAUGAGUUAAGUUGUUGGCACUCGUACACCUAGUUAAUGCAGAUCGCAUCACUAAAAAUUUAAUCCAUAAAAGACAAAAUCUUCUAUAGAUACAAGUUUUUGGAGAUCCAAACAAUUCGCCAGAAGCUACUUCGCUCAACACAAAUAAUCUAAUGAAGAUAGUAAUUGAUUUAUCUUUGUAAUUUAUACUAAAAUGUUAGUGCCCUUUUUAAAA